AUGCCGUCUGAUGGAAGGGAAUGCGUCUCCAUUCAUAUUGGUCAAGCUGGAUCUCAAAUCGGUAAUGCGUGCUGGGAAUUGUAUUGUAUGGAACACGAUCUUGAUGAAGCCGGAUUUUUGAAAAACGAAGAAUCCACCAAGGCGCAAUCACUUCAAGCGUUCUUUUCGGAGUCGAGCAAUGGAAAACACGUGCCACGUGCGAUUUACGUUGAUCUUGAGCCAACUGUUUUGGAUGAAAUUCGCAAUGGUGUCUAUGGCAAUUUAUUUCAUCCAGAUCAGAUAAUCAACGGAAAAGAAGACGCUGCCAAUAAUUAUGCUCGUGGUCACUACACCAUUGGAAAGGAGUUAAUUGAUGUUGUUCUUGAUAGAAUUCGCAAACAAACUGAGAAUUGCGAGGGACUUCAGGGAUUCUUGGUAUUCCAUUCUUUCGGUGGAGGUACUGGAUCAGGAUUCAGCUCCUUACUUAUGGAACGAUUAUCGGUUGAAUACGGAAAGAAGAGCAAGUUGGAAUUUAGUGUCUAUCCAGCACCGCAAGUUUCAACAUCAGUUGUGGAGCCGUACAAUUCUAUUCUGACUACUCAUACCACGUUGGAACUUUCUGAUUGUUCUUUCAUGGUUGAUAAUGAAGCGAUCUACGAACUCUGCAGACAAAAACUUCAUGUAGAGAGACCAUCAUAUUCAAAUUUGAACCGUCUAAUUGCUCAAGUGGUUUCUUCAAUUACUGCUUCCUUGCGAUUUGACGGAGCAUUAAAUGUCGAUUUGAACGAGUUUCAGACAAAUUUGGUGCCAUAUCCCCGCAUUCAUUUUCCUCUUGCAACUUAUGCACCAGUGAUUUCUGCGGAUCGCGCGCAUCAUGAACCAUUAUCUGUUCAAGAUAUUACUCAUAUGUGCUUCGAGAAGACCAACCAAAUGGUGAAAUGCGAUCCGAGCGCUGGAAAAUACAUGGCAGUUUGCUUGUUAUACCGCGGAGAUGUUGUACCAAAGGAUGUUAACGCCGCUAUUUCAUCGGUCAAAGCAAAACGCGGAAUCAAUUUUGUCGAUUGGUGCCCAACGGGUUUCAAAGUUGGAAUUAAUUAUCAGGCUCCUGUGACCGUCGAAGGAGGGGAUUUGGCAAUGGUUCACCGCGCGGUGUGCAUGCUUUCAAACACGACUGCUAUCGCAGAAGCGUGGGCUCGCUUAGACCAUAAAUUUGACUUGAUGUACUCAAAGCGAGCUUUCGUUCAUUGGUUCGUCGGCGAAGGAAUGGAAGAAGGGGAGUUUGUUGAAGCUAGGGAUGAUUUGGCAGCGCUCGAACGUGACUACGCCGAGGUGAGCAAAGACACCGCGGAUUUAGAAGAGGAUGAGUAUUGA